GAGUCAGUGCCAGCAGGUGCGGCGGAGACCUCGAAGGAGUCAGUGCCAGCAGGUGCGGUGGAGACCUCGAAGGAGUCAGUGCCAGCAGCCGGAUCAGUGCCGGCGCGUGUCAAGGUAGAGCCCUCUACGGAUUCAGAUCCAGCAGGUGCCGUGGAGCCAGGUGUGACACACAAGCCCAAGCCGAAGCCAGAUCGGAACAACGAGACGGAAGCGGAUCGCAGAUCCCGUGAGGCCCACAACUCCUACAUGCGGUACUAUCGUUCUCCCAACUGUCCGGAGGAGGUGCGGGCGAAGGCUCUUUUGCCGAACGGCCAGAAGCGGUCCACCUCGGUUAUGCGCCACAUGUAUGAAAUGUGGAUUAGCAGCGAUUGCGAUUGGAUGCAAAGUUCCAUUGUGCUGAAUGCGAAAAAGCGCAACAGCACAAAGAGGCAUGGAGCUGCUAUCGCGGAGGACAUCCGUGCUUCAAAGAAAUCCAUGGACCCUUGCGGCAAGGGCAAAUGGUGGAAGGACUGGGAGCUUUUCAAGUGCUUCGACUCCCGGGAGGAGGUUUCGGAGUCGGAAGAUGAGCUCGAGUUUGGGUUCCAUGGCGACGUUGGCUUGGACCAUGAUGGGACCACCGGUGUUCUGUCGCACCUUCUCGAUGUCGGGGAAAGCAGUGGUGCGCGGGGCAGCAAUGAUCCGGGCCCCGAGAAUCCGAGGCCUCCGCCUCCGAACCCGAAGAAACCCCGAGGAGAGAAGAAGGCAAAGCCUGCGCCACAAGAGGCCAUGGACUUGCUGGCGAGAGGCACGCAGCGCAUCAUCGAGGCAGACGGCAUGGAGAACAUGCUGCGCACCGGCGGCAUGCACCUUGGAUCGUACCAUUAA